ACUGGGAGGGCGAGAUUAGCUGAUUUUGGCAUAAGCAGACGCUUACUCAAAGACCAAACAACUUUACGUACACGCAGUGCAGGAACCAGAUGCUGGAUGGCCCGAGAGACUUUAGCAGAAGAAGAAUCUGUCAUAUCAUACAAGUCAAGCACAGACAUACAGGUGGCAGGGAUGCUGAUUUAUUAUAUCCUGUCUGGAGGCCACCAUCCAUUUGGUGACAUAUCCUUUAAAUGUGAGUCAAACAUUUACUAUGGGAAGUACAGUUUGGAUCACGUCCAAGAUGUGGUGGCAAAGGAUCUCAUCGAGUGUAUGAUCAACAAAGAGCCAAAGGACAGACCCAAAGUAGAAGAAUGCUUAAAUCAUCCCUUCUUCUGGACUUCAGAAGCGAAAACUGAAUACUUGAGAAAGAUCGGUAACAGGAACGAGGUUGCAAACUAUCGAAAGGCUGAACAGGAGCUGAUUGAUUCUUUAGAAAAAUGUGCUGUGGACGGAUCCUUUAAGCAGUGGAAAAAUAAGUUUCCACAAGAGCUGGUUCGGAAGCUGGACGGUAAAAAGCUGUGCCCUGAAAACACGCUGGGAUUACUGCGCUUUAUCCGCAAUCUCCUUGAGCAUUAUGGCAAGGAAGCAGCCCAAAUCGAUAAAAAAGUGACCUUUGAUGAUGAGCCGCUCUGUGCUGAAGUCACUGAGAGGGAUGAGCCAGUUUCCAGGCUGUCUACCCCAGCAGGUCAUGGUGGAAGCCAGGGGGCUAUGUUGGACACAGAAUGUGGUGUGCGGUUCUUUGGGCUGGAGGACUACCUCCACCUCUCCUUGGACCUGGUACAUCGAGGCUCAGUGAGCCAGUGCCUGGACUCAUACCUGAAA